GGUCCGCGUCCACCUGCGUCCAGGCCGCUCCCCCGAGCCUCAUGGCCUUUCGGUCUUCGCGGUCCAAUCGGGGUGACUCAUUUUGUUUUAUUUUUUCCCUGACUGACGAGACGGAAACGCGACCCCGCGGGUUUAUUAGCGCGCUUUGCGGAGGACGCGGAAGGAGGUCCGCCGUGUCAGCUGUCUUCCUGCGGAAGUUCCGUGUGGGGAACUGAAAUGGAGUAAACUGGCCUCGGGAGGGCGGCGAGCGGUAGAUGAGAGGCCCCUUAUUACGAAGCCAUCCUCCCACCCCCUUUUCAGCUCCUGCUUUCAUUUAUCAGCCGUACAGAGGCUACUUUAAGAAAAAUGGCCCUAUCAGCCCAACAGAUAGCCAGAUGGUUCAACUCAAUUAAAUUGAUUAGCGUCAUUACUGCUCCACAACUCAGACAGUGCUCUCAGAGGGCUGGGAAAACUCUGUUGUGUGGCUUUUCUGCUCAGCCUCAGAUGUCCUCUGACAAUUUCUUUCUCCAGUGGGGAUUUAAGACUUACAGGACUUCCUCCAUGUGGAGUGGUUGCCAGUCGGCCAACUCCGGUAGGCAAGAGAGUAAUUCUGCCCGAAGCACUCUGCUUCCUUCCGUGAAUGAACAGUCGCAGAAGACACAAAAGACACCCAACUUUGAUUCUGAGCUGUCUCUAGAAGGACUGGACGAUUUGCCUCCGCUGUCUCCACUGCAGCCAAUUUCCGAGGAGGAGGCUGUGCAGAUCAUUGCAACCCCCCCAUUGCCCCCAGUUUCAUUCACUCUUCGAGACUAUGUGGAUCAUUCUGAGACUCUGCAGAACUUAGUGCUUCUAGGAGUGGAUUUGUCCAAGAUAGAAAAACAGCCAGAUGCAGCCAACCUCCUUCUGAGACUGGAUUUUGAAAAAGACAUUAAGCAAAUACUCCUGUUUCUUAAAGAUUUGGGUAUAGAGAAUAACCAACUGGGAACAUUCCUGACUAAAAACUAUGCUAUUUUCUCUGAAGACCUUGAAAAUCUUAAGACCAGAGUGGCUUAUCUACAAUCAAAAAAUUUCAGUAAGGCAGAUAUUGCACAGAUGGUCAGAAAGGCACCAUUUUUGCUGAGUUUUUCAGUGGAAAGAUUGGACAACAGAUUGGGAUUUUUUCAGAAAGAACUUCAGCUUACUGUGAAGAAGACUCGAGAUCUGGUGGUUCGUCUCCCAAGGCUGCUAACUGGAAGUCUGGAGCCCGUGAAAGAAAAUAUGAAGGUUUAUCAUCUUGAGCUAGGUUUUAAACUUAAUGAAAUUCAACAUAUGAUCACCAAAAUCCCAAAGAUGUUAACUGCAAAUAAAAGGAAACUCACUGAGACUUUUGACUACGUUCACAAUGUGAUGAGCAUUCCUCACCACGUCAUUGUCAGGUUCCCGCAGAUAUUUAAUACAAGGUUGUUUAAAGUCAAAGAAAGACAUUUGUUUCUUACCUAUUUAGGAAGAGCACAGUAUGAUCCAGCAAAACCUAACUAUAUCUCUUUGGACAAACUGGUAUCUAUGCCUGAUGAAAUAUUUUGUGAAGAGAUUGCCAAAGCCUCAGUACGGGACUUUGAAAAAUUCUUAAAAACUCUUUAAUUUUUGAUGAAUGUUAAAAUGUAAUAAUAUCAAGUGGAUGUAUAUAUGAAUAUAUUUUUAAAUAAAUGCCUCAAGCCUCAA